CUGUAAUUCUAAGCGGAAAAUUUGUUCUAAUGUUGCCGUUUUGCAAGGCAGGUUUCUACACACACCCUGCAGCAACCGUCUGUAAUCGUCUACUACAGUGGGCAGGUCCAAAGUCUGACCUCGAUGGGUGUGAAUCCUUCACGUUUCAGGCUUAUCAGAUCUUCCUUGCCGCCUGCCGCCUGCCGCCUGCCGCCUGCCGCCUGCCGCCCACAUCUCAUAUAGACUCUCGUCUCAACCUCGCUGGAACUCCCCUCCAAAUUUUCGUAGUACGUCCCAAUGACUUCAAUAUCCAACGAAGUCGCUGCGCGCGACGAAAUCACGCAAGAUAUCCCAGUCACCAUUGAACUAGCCCAAGUCCCCCAACCCAUCAAAAAUGACGAAUCCAACGACCCCUUCCUUGUAGACUUCACCCAACCCAUCGACACCUCCAACCCUAAAGACUGGCCCACAAGCCGCAAAUGGGCCGUCACAGACGUGGUUUCGGCCACGGGCUUCAACCGCAUCAUGGUAUCCACCAUUAUGGCACCAGCACUCUCCACCAUAUCCCACGAACUGCACAUGAACUCCCCCCAAGCCGUCAUGGCGCUGUCCAUAUAUCUCCUUGCGACUGCGUUUGGGCCGCUCCUUAUUGGUCCACUGUCAGAGGUAUAUGGAAGGAAGCGCAUAUUGCAUGCGUCGAAUGUGUGGUUUUUGGUUUGGAAUGUGCUGUGUGGGUUUGCGCGGACGAAAGAGGUGCUUAUUGCAAGUAGGUUUCUGGCAGGACUUGGGGCUAGUGGUGCGUAUGCGCUUGCGGGAGGUGUGUUGGGGGAUGUGUGGAGGCCGGAGCAAAGGGGGAGGAGUUUGGGCGUGUAUCUGUUGAUUCCGCUGCUUGGGGCCGCGGUUGGACCUAUCAUUGGAGGCUUCAUGGCUGGUCGCACAACCUGGCGAUGGAUGUUCUGGUCCACGUCCAUCUUCCAAGCCAGCAUGAUGCUCGUCUCCUUCACCGCUUUCCGCGAAACACACGCCGUUCACAUUCUCAAGCGACGAGCCGAGAAGUUACGGCGCAAGACCGGUGAUAUGCAAUACUACACUCUUCAAGAGCGCAUGGACUCUCAAACCUCGCUUCUCUCCAUCCUCACAAAAGCCCUCACCCGUCCGCUCCGUCUGCUCUUGUUCCACCCAAUCAUCCAAAUCACCUCCCUCGUAUCCGCCUUCUACUACGGUGUCCUAUACAUCGUCCUCUCCAGCUUCGCAGACCUCUGGACGCAACACUACCACUUCUCUGUCGAGCUCAGCGGCCUCCACUACAUCGCCUGCGCAGCCGGCGAAGUGGCUGGCAGCCAACUCGGUGGCCCCCUAAUGGACGCUUUCUACCGCCGCACCAAAGCUCGGCAUCCUGACCGCGAGCAUCUAGAGCCGGAACACCGCAUCCCGCUCACCUUCCCCGGUGCGUUCAUCGCACCGCUCGGACUCUUCCUGUACGGGUGGACAGCCCACCACCGCACCCACUGGAUCGCCGUCGACGCCGGUAUCUUCCUCACCACAUUCGGCAUGCAGAUUCGCAGCAUGGCGCUCCAGGCGUACGUCAUCGAUGCAUAUCCUGAGCAUACGAGUAGCGCGAUGGCGGCGACGCAGUUCGCGAGCAGUUUGACGGCGUUUUUGUUCCCGCUGUUUGCGCCGACCAUGUAUAACGCGAUGGGGUAUGGCUGGGGGAAUACGAUGUUGGGAUUGAUGGGGCUGGGGCUGGGGGUUCCGGUGACGGGAGUGCUGUGGGUUUGGGGGAGGGGGUUGAGGGUGAGGGGUGGGCUGACUGACUGA